GCACCUUUUGGCUGGCGGCCUAGAUGUGAGAAGACGGUCCGCCCUUCCUACAAGAGGAAACUCACUGACGUAAAGAAACCAGAGCAGAGAGACCUCAGUGUCAUUAAGGCGCGUUCAUACCACUGUUUUUCUGAAACUCUACGUCCUCUCACAUUCCUGCCAGACCCAAUUAUCCGCGUUUGGUGCCUGCGGUGCGUAAAGGACAAACAGCCACCGUGAGCGACAGACGAGAGGGAAAGAAGCGGUGUGUACUCAGGUUUUGGCAUGGCUGAUCUGCUGAGGCUGCUGCUCCGGGUGGCUGAGAAAGCAGCUAACGUGGCUCGGGUCUGCAGGCAGGAGGCUCUCCUCUUUCAGCUCCUCGUACAAGAGAAGACUGGAGAUGACAAGAACAAGAAGUUUGUCCAGGACUUCAAGACGCUUGCUGACGUGGUGAUCCAGGAGUUGAUCCGGCAUGAUGUUGGUGCUCAGUUCCCUGAGAUGUCUGCCUUCAUUCACGGAGAGGAGUCCAACAAGUUUGAAAAUGGGCUCGGAGAGAGUGUGACGGUCACAGUGUGCGGUACAGAGCAGGAGACCGCAGCGCUGCUGGCCACGGUGCUGGACGGCGACCACGCGGCGGCGUCUCUGCUGGCUCGAGCCAUCCACCAAGAUCCAGCGACAAUCGACGCCAACACGGACGGUCUGACGGUGCCCCUCAGCCCCUCUGAGCUCGGCAUCUGGAUCGACCCAAUAGAUGCCACCAGCCAGUACAUCGAGGGCCGAGAGGAGGUGCUGGAGGAGGGCCGCCUGUCUCCUUCAGGUCUGCACUGUGCUUUGGUCCUAAUCGGGGUUUAUCUCCGGAGCACAGGCGAGCCCGUCAUGGGCGUCAUCAACCAGCCGUUCAACUACAAAGAUCCAGCAGGUGGAGGCUGGAGGGGGAAGCAUUUCUGGGGGGUGUCCUGUGGCAGCAUCAAUGUCUGCUCAGUGUCCCGGCCUAAAGAUGGACCUGCAGGGCGGCUGUCUGUGGUGCUGAGCUCCAGCGAGAAGCCGAUUGUAAAGGAAGCCCUGACCUCGCUGUGCGGCCCUGACAAGCUGAAGUACGCCUCUGGAGCCGGCUACAAGAUCCUGUGUGUCAUUCAGGGCCUGACUGAUGCUUACGUCCUCUCUGAGGGAAGCACCUUUAAGUGGGACUCCUGCGCUCCUCACGCCCUGCUCCGAGCCCUCGGGGGAGGAGUGGUCGACCUCGCCAAGUGUCUGCAGUCCAGCUCUGGAGCACAGGAUGCCCACACAGAACUGACCUACCACCAGCCUUACACUGAGUGUAAAGGAGCAGACCGCUGGGCGAACCAUGGCGGCCUGGUGGCUUAUCGAGACUGUUCUCAUCUCCGCAGCAUCAUCGGACCUCUGAAAGGCAAGCUGUAGUGGGACGAGCAGGGGAUGUAAUCGGCACAAGCUGAAGCAGCUAUUGUUGCAUAUAUAUAUGAUCAUAUUCAUGUUUUCUGUUUUAGUAGAGCGAAGGAUGCGUGCAAGAUGAAAUAUUUUAAAUAUAAACAGUCUUAUUUUUAACUAGAUAUAUAUGUUGCAAUAGGGCUGGGACUAACAAUUAUGUUCAUUAUCGAUUCAAUCAGUUUCUUAGAGUUUCUCACUCCAAAACCCAAAGAUAUUCAGUUUACUAUAAUAUAAAACAAAUAAAAGCCGGUAUUCUUCAUAUUUUAGAGGCUGAAAACAGCAUUUUUGGCAAAUCUUUUGCAUGAAAAAUUGUUGACAAUUUUAUUUUUCUGUAGAUCGACUAAUGGUUGCAGUCAGUUUCACUUCUACUAGUGACGAGCUGUAGCCAUGUGACAAUCCAAUAUGUUCGCUUCCUCCUACAGAAAGCUGCAGCUGCAACACAGAAAGCAUUAUUUGUGAAUCUUGUUUAGCCCAGACCUGAUUAACAUUUAUUAAACGUAUGUAAGCUUUGUAACAGUUUGUCUACAUGUUGCAUGAAGAAAAGUAAUCCUGUUGUUAGGAACAGUGCUCACUGCUGGACAGCUGAGGAUCGCUUCACUGCCAGAGGAAAGGUGACGCGGCAUCACAAGACUGCCUCUCACUCUGUAGGAUUAUUCUUGGAUUUAAGGACUCUAAAUUGCAGUAAUGAAUAGUCAUAUUCUAUUUUGUUUCCACCCUAUCUAACCUGUAAAAGGUUAUGUCAAGAGGGACUCAAAUCAAGCAGUGUGCAGUAAUCUGCACCACUCUGAAACGACUCCUUUUAAGGAGCAGGCGGGUAAACUGCCCUCUUUCCAUGGUUUUAGCACCAUUAGUUAAUGAGGUCAGAAUGGAAAAGCCAUAUGAGGUAAAACAGUGAGAGUCCUUCUCAGUGGGUUUACAGUCAAAUGAAAUAUUGAAGGAUGGGAGCUAUAACGGGCUCCUCUAAAGGACUGAAACAGAUUUUUAUCAAGAUGUUUGUAACGAUAUAACCUUACUUUUAUUGUCACUGAGUAUAUUUGAAAUUGUAUAACUUUGAUAUGCAUUGGUAAAUAACGUGUGUGUGUGUAUGCCUACUGAGCACAAAACAGAACAACAAUGUGCAUAUAGGAAAUCCUCUUUAUUUUGAAAACCAGAGAAAGCGGGGGAAAGAAACCCAACAGUGAUAUUUUAAAACUGUUUGCCAGCCAGGGAACUCGCCUCACAAUUCCCUACAAAAAACCCUGAUGAUUGUCAGAUAUUUUUUGCAAUACUUCUGCAUAUUCUGUUAAACUUGGAAAAGAAAGAAAAAUUCUGAAGUGUUGGCUCUUUCAUUAACCUCUUAGACUUUAACCUGCUACCUUUAACAUACAGCACUGUGAAUUCUCAAGUCAAGGUGUGGAAAACGAUGCACUCUGCUCAGCGUGGUUUCAGCUGUGAAUCCAGUUUCCCAGACAGGGACUGAAGAAGAUUUGACGAUAUAUCAAGAUAUAAAGAGUUUUUCUGAAAAUGUGGCUAGGAACUUAGAUCAAGGCCUAAAUGAAACAUUGCAUGUGGUCUAAAAGAACAUGUGGAAUAAAUGAAGUAUUUAU